AUGGUUCGCGUCGCUGCUACCGGAAUUUUGGUUUUCUUGAUGUCCUCAAUGGCACUUGCCGCCGGCGGUCCUUCGUCUGCUGCAACGGCGGCUUCUAAACUUGCGGAUAGCCUAGGCUCGUCUCAGGACCCCAGUUCUGGCGCAGCCAACUCUGAAGAUGACAUGAAGGACAUGGAUUUGUAUCUUCAAGAGAUCGCCGAUACUUUUGGAGAGAUUCAGUCCAUGGUCUUGAAGGUGAAGCACAAUGGUGCGGCGGCUACUAAGAGGCCUGAUGAUGCCAAGCCGAGCCCCUAG